AUGAUUAGACGCGGGCUGGACAACGUCAUUCUACGAUGUCGAGAGCUUUGUCAACAAUUCAUGGUCGACAUGUACGCGAAGAUAGAGGGCGAACGAUUACGAUACUUACGAAAUAAUCAACUCAAGCUACGUGCGGAAGAGUACAUUCACUUGCGAGACGCUAUUGUCAACAACGCCGACGCCGCCGAUAUUGGUAAUUCUGUCAUUCUACCAUCAUCGUACGUAGGCAGUCCACGUCAUGUGCAAGAGUAUAUACAGGAUGCUCUGACUUUCGUGCGCGAAUAUGGGCGACCGUGUAUAUUUAUCACGUUCACAUGUAAUCCAAAAUGGCCAGAGAAUACAUCUUUGCUGUUGCCUGGCCAAAAUGCAAUACAUCGUCAUGACAUUACAGCACGUGUGUUUAGGCAAAAGCUGAAGUCUUUAAUAAAUUUUAUUACUAAAUUACAUGUAUUCGGUCCCACACGUUGCUGGCUGUAUUCGGUUGAGUGGCAAAAGCGAGGAUUACCUCAUGCCCACAUUUUGGUUURGUUAAUUGACAAAAUCCGUCCUGAAGAAAUAGAUAAUAUAAUUUCUGCAGAAAUUCCCGCUCCAUCUACUGAUCAAUUGCUGUUUGAUAUUGCUACAGCAAACAUGAUUUAUGGCCCAUGCGGUACUUUUAAUCGUUCAUCGCCUUGCAUGGCAGAUGGAAAAUACAUUGACAUUGACAAUCGUYKGGUCGUGCCAUAUUCGCCCCUGCUGAGUAAAACAUACAAUGCUCAUAUUWAUGUUGAGUUCUGCAGUUCUGUGAAGAGCAUCAAAUACAUUUGCAAGUAUGUCCAUAAAGGCAGUGACAUGGCUGUGUUUAGAGUGGAAAAUACUAAUGUGAAUGCUCCUCCAGUGAAUAAAAACGAUGAAAUAACGCUCUACCAAAUUGGUYGGUACAUCAGCUCCAAUGAAGCUGCUUGGCGUAUCUUUGGUUUUCCRAUUYAUGAACGGGAUCCAGCAGUUGUUCAGUUAGCCGUCCAUCUUGAAAACGGUCAGCGUGUAUWUUUCACGAACGAGACAGCGAUUGAUCGUGCUAUAAAUCCACCAAAAACUACACUCACUGAAUUUUUUGAAUUGUGUAAUCGUGCGCAUGAUUUUGGUGCCUUUGCACGAACAUUACUCUAUUCACAAGUACCACGCUAUUUCACAUGGGCUCAAAUAAAACAAUGGAUACCCCGCAAGCAAGGCUCACCAGUUGAUGCAUGUCCCAAAUUAUUCAAAUCAAACGCCUUGGAGCGAAUAUUUACAGUGAAUCCAAGACAGACUGAGUGCUUUUAUCUUCGACUGUUUGUGAUGCCAAAAUCAGUAGAAAUGAGAGGUGAGAUAAAUAAAUCUGAUAGUGAGAAAUCAGAUGUAUGUAAAAGAAAUAAAUCUGAUAGUGAGAAAUCAGAUGUAUGUAAAAGAAAUAAAUCUGAUAGUGAGAAAUCAGAUAUGGUAAGGUCGAAAGAGAAAGCAAUAGUAGAUCCCAUAAAAAGUAAAAUUAUACCUGAAACAGAUAUAGCUGUAGAACCGAAAUCUAAGGAUAUUAAAGAGAGGAAAUCUAAUGAUAGUAUAGGACCCAGAAGGAGUG